UGCAAACACACACACAACCACACACCUAUAGCAUUUGAAAACAGCAAAACACGCUACGCCACAAGCUGAAGAGGCAAUGCCAGAACGACGACAAAUAACAACACUCGAACCAAACAUUAAAAAGGAAAGAGGAAACCAAAUCAAAAAGAGACUGUCCGCUUGUAGUAUUUGAUUGUUUGUCUCACAGAAAAACUGCAAAAAAUAAUAAUACCUACCUAUAAUAAAAUAUAAAAAAAUGUAACAACAAAAAAGACUGCAUCACCACAAAACCAAAUCCAUGUUAUUGUCGUACGAGAGUCUCUCUGUGUGUGUGUCAACAUUUAAAUUAUUUCAAACAAAUAAAGCAAACAAAAAAAGAGAAAAAAGAUUUCCAUGGGCUAAUAUGAUAAUCGUGGCCGUAUUAACGAAAGAAAAAACGUCAUUUCAACAAAAUAUCUAGAAUACGAACGAAAAGUGCUUAAAUCAAUUCGAAAACAAUGUCCGCAGAAGAUAUCAAAAUCGUGAAGAAAAAUAACAUAUCUUGAAGGAGAUUGUGAAGAAAAUAAAAGUGAAUCAAAAACCCAAUUCAUCCAAAAAAAACAACCUUGAAAAAAAAAACAUACAAAGAAUAAGACAAACAUAGAUAGAAAGAAAGAUAAAUGCUUCGUUGUUAAAUAAACGCAUUUUUCCGAAACGAAAAAUAGCAGCAACAACAACCACAAAUAAAAAUUGGAGAAAAUUCCCUCAAUAAAUUUCCAACGCAUUGGGCUACUGCUGUUGGUUCGGUGAAAAUGUCUCAGAGAUUUUGCAAAAUUUUCCUGACUUGCUGUGCAAUUUCAACAUUUGCCACGGUGUACAGCGCCGCGACACCUGACAGUGAUGAACUAGCAGAGCUACAGUUUCCCAAUGAGGACGCUCUAAAACGCAUCGAAGAGGUGAAACAAAAUAUAUUCUUCUCAGAUGAAUUGAGUUCCUCCGAAUAUCAUGAUGAUCUCGAUAUUGAAAUGGGUCUAUUGGAAAAUGGCGGCAAUUAUGAGUGGGAUCUUUUGAUAUUUACCCAGCAGUGGCCUGUCACGACUUGUUAUCAUUGGAGAGAAGAGGAUAAGGAUCAUGAAUGUAAAUUACCGGCAGCUAAGGAAUUCUGGACAGUUCAUGGUGUGUGGCCAACAAAGAAGGGUCAUAUCGGUCCCUCUUUCUGCAAUAAAACGGCGAAUUUCGAUAUAAAUCUUUUGUCAGACAUCAAGGAUGAGCUAAAUCACUUUUGGCCCGAUAUUGAUGGUGAAUCGAAGGGUGAUUGGUUGUGGAAACAUGAAUGGCUGAAACAUGGCACAUGCGCCGCUGUUUUAGAGGAACUCAACAAUGAACUGAAAUAUUUCUCACAGGGCAUAACAUGGCGUGAAGGUUUUCAACUUUCGAAAAUUUUGGGUGAUUCUGGCAUACAUCCGGACUCGAACAAUACCGUGGUGGCCAUUCAUGCGGCCCUUGUCAAGGGUUUGGGCAAGAAUCCAUCUAUACAUUGUUUGUACGAUAGUAAAAAAGAUGUCAGCUACUUGGAGGAGAUACGCAUUUGCUUCGAUAAGUCGCUCAAUGCCACAGACUGUGAUGGUGUCAAGCAUGGCAAUGCCGUGUCCAUUGAUUAUCCCGGCGGUACGGUCAUUACCAAUUGUCACAUUUCCAAGCCGGUACAUUAUCCCAGUCUGGUGCCGAAUCGUCGAAGACAAGAGGAAAACAAAUGGAAAUUCCCCAUUGUGAAUUUAUACAAACUUGUACAAUUUAUUAUGUGGUUCACUCUCUAAAUGCCGGUUGUAGGGCUACAAGCCGAAUGACGAAAAGGGAAUUUAAAAACAAAAAAUCAGAGGCAUAUAAUUUAAUUAGAAAAAAAAAAACAAAACAAAACUCAAUAAUUAUUGAACAACAAGUGAAAUGUAUUUUUAUUAUUAGUAAAUUCAAUAUCAAACUCCAGAAAACAAAGUUUUAUUUUUAUAGAAAUUUGAAAAUAAUUAUUAUUGAAAUGAUUAUCAAAUAUAUAUAUUUUUUCAUUUUGUAUUAUUACAAUUAUAUUUAUUAUUAUUGCAAUUUAAAACAAAGGAAUAUCAAUCAAACAAUCACCGUGACCCUCAUACGUAAAUAUACACAUACAUACAUAUAUAGUUUACAACAUUUUUAUUAUACACAUUUCUAUUGAAAAUAUUACUAUUAUUAUUGGUUUGUAAUCUAAAGUAAUUAGACUUGAAUCACGAAUAGAGGUCUGUCUGUCAUUUAUGAGUUUAAAAUUCUGAUUUUUGGGAAAAGAGGACGAAAAACCAAAAUUAACGACGACGAAAAAAAUAUGUGAAAAUUGUUGUAUUGUUUAAAUUAUUUUUAGAAAUCGAAAUAAUAAUAAACUAAUUAUAAAUAAAAUAAUAAAAUAUAAAAAAGAA